AGCAAAUAAUCUGCCCCGGAGAAUGGCGGCCCUCCCGGAUCUCCCCUCUCUUUCGCUCUGAUGCUAGAUAAGUAGGGGUGAGCAGCGGGCUGGGGCAUCCCAAGCACGUGGGGCACGGACUCUUCCGAGGGCUACGGACCGAGUGAAGCAGGAGCUCCAAGUCGGCACCAUGGUUCAUUUCUCGUCGUCAGAGGUCCGGCAGCUGCUGCACAACAAGUUUGUGGUUGUCCUGGGAGACUCCAUCCAGAGGGCUGUGUACAAGGACCUGGUACUUCUGUUGCAGAAAGACUCCCUACUGACAGAAGCCCAGCUCAAGGCCAAGGGCGAGCUGAGCUUCGAGCAGGACCGGCUGGUAGCAGGGGGACAGCUGGGUGAGCUACACAAUGGGACUCAUUAUCGCGAGGUCCGCCAGUUCCUGUCCAGUUCAGGCCACCACCUCCUACGAUUCUAUUUUCUCACCCGUGUCUACUCAGCUUAUGUGGAGGAUGUCUUGGCCGAGUUAGAGCAUGGGCCAUCUCCUGAUCUGGUUAUCAUAAACUCCUGCCUCUGGGACCUCUCCAGGUAUGGUGGUGAUGCCAUCAGAAGUUACCAGGAAAACUUGGAAUGUUUAUUUGAAAGAAUGGAACAAGUGCUGCCUGCCUCCUGCCUUCUAGUCUGGACCCUGGCCAUGCCACUGGGCGAACGCCUUACAGGAGGUUUUCUGCUGCCAGAGCUGCAGUCAGCGACGGGCUCUCUGCGUGCGGAUGUGUUGGAAGCAAACUUCUACUGUUCCAUGCUGGCAGAUGGGCACCGCUUCGAUGUGCUCGACCUGCAUUUCCACUUCCGACAUGCAGUUCAGCAUCGGCGUUUGGAUGGCAUCCACUGGGACCAGCAUGCCCACCGCCACGUCUCACAGCUGUUGCUGGCCCAUGUGGCUGAGGCCUGGGGGGUGGAGGCUCCCCGCCGGAGCAUCCCUUUUGGAGAGUGGAAUGAGGAGCAGUCGUCCCUAGAAUAUCCAGGCCAAAGGUCCAAGGGAACUUCAUUCUGGAGGCAUCCAGCCCAGCCAUCUGAGAGGACUUUGCCGCCCUGGAGACAUCUACCUCCAGCAGCCGAGGAACCUCAUUGUGGGAAUCACCAGUCACUGGAGUGGUCCUUCUUAGAGCAGCCAGUGCAUAGGGCUAAGGAGCCUGCAUCCCGGAGAUGUUCAUCUCAGAGGACUAAGAGGCCUCCUUCCUUUGAGCCAGUAGCUGGAGAGACUGAAAGGCCUCUGACCUGGCUGGAUAGGCAGCUCCAGCCCCAGUUCCAGCCUCCGGCCCAAUUCCUGCCUUUGCCCCUACAUUUACCCCUCCCUUCACCUCAAGUCCUUCCGCAAGACAGCUGCUUUUUCUCAGAUAAUCCUGUCCUGCCUGGCUACUCUCCCCUCAACUAUAUAGCCUUCGGUGAUCCUUUACCUCCUCAUGCCGCAUUGGAUUCCACACCUGGUCCCAGGCCUCUUGCCCAAUCUCUUCCUCACUAUGGACAGCGCCACAAUCUGGUAAUGCGACGUGUCCCGCGUCAUGUGCCUAAUGGUCCCUAUAGCCGCUCAAGGCAGGGAGGCCCCAGUAGACAGUGGUCCAGACCUGGCCAAACACAAUGAACGACCUCCUUCCUGCCCAAGGAUAUAGCUGGACAUACUGACUUCAUAGCCAUGGGCAGAUUGCCCUUCCUGUGGACAUAGCCAGAUGGAUUGAUUUUCACAAGUCUAUCUCCUGUUUUUUACCAAUAAAGAUAUGCCCUGCUGCUGGGGCA